AUGCAAGAAACAAGGAGUCAAAUAGAUACUGUAAGACGUAUAGCAAACAAUGCACGUACGGGAUUGGAUACUUUACGAGAAGCACAAAAUACACUAAAGGAAGCAAAUGAUAUUCUUGGCUCAGUAUCAGACAUGCAUGAAGAUUGGCUUAAAGGUAUUGACAAAUCUUUAAAAAAUCACAGUCAGUCUAUUGCUGACUACAAGAAAAGUAUAUAUUUUUUACAUAGUGCUAUGGACGUACAUGAUGGAAGCAUAAGGAACUUACUUAAUGCUAACAAUAACUUACCAGGAACUAUUAAAGCAUUUAUAAAGUCCUUUGUAAAACCUGGUGCUCUAACAUUUAGGUCUUUGAGAGCAAGAGCAUUGAAGUCAAGAGAUGCAGAAACUCCAACAGAACCUACAGAAGGAACUGAAACAACAGAAACUCCAGAAGAACCACCAAAACCAACAGCUAAUGAAAUAUUGUUCUAA